ACGGUGUGCAGACGUAACAUAACCAUAAUAGUAACAAGUAUCUUGAAGAAUACCCCCAACCUUCUUACAAUGGCAUCAGGGAUCCGAUUUGCGUUUUCAGUCAUUAGACCCGUCAAUUUAGCAUGUGUUAGAUUUCAAAGCACUGCAUCACAAACGAAAACUACUGAAACCAAAGUCAAACAACAAGAGAAAGUAAUAUUUGACUGGCGUGAUCCCCUAAACUUGGAAUCCCAGCUAACAGAAGAUGAGAGAAUGAUGCGUGACAGCUUCAGGACUUACUGCCAGGACAAACUGAUGCCUCGCAUCACCAUGGCCAAUAGACACGAAGUUUUCCACCGUGAAAUCAUGCAAGAAAUGGGAGAUCUUGGUGUUCUAGGCCCAAUGAUUGAGGGCUAUGGCUGUGCCGGCGCAUCAUCCGUAGCUUACGGCCUUCUUGCAAGGGAAGUGGAGCGAGUGGACUCGAGUUACCGUUCCGCUUUCAGUGUCCAGUCUUCAUUAGUCAUGUACCCCAUCGACGCCUUUGGAACAACUGAGCAGAAGGAGAAGUUUCUUCCCAAACUUGCCAAGGGCGAGAUGGUGGGCUGCUUCGGUUUGACUGAGCCAAAUCACGGUAGUGAUCCCGCCGGGAUGGAAACAAAAGCCAAACAUGACGCAAAAGCAGGUGUUUACAUUUUGAACGGCAGCAAGACUUGGAUCACCAACAGCCCCAUCGCUGACGUAGCAGUAGUCUGGGCCAAAUCUUUGGACGAAGGUAACAGGAUCCGAGGCUUCUUAGUCGAACGAGGCACCAAAGGCUUCACUACUCCCAAAAUCGAAGGCAAGUUCUCUCUCCGAGCUUCCACGACGGGCAUGAUCAUGCUUGAAGAUGUCGUCGUUCCCGAAGCCAACAUGCUGCCCAAAGUUCACGGCCUAAAAGGUCCGUUCAGCUGCCUGAACAGCGCCCGUUUCGGCAUUGCUUGGGGCGCUCUAGGCGCUGCCGAGUUUUGCUUGGCCGCCGCCCGGGAUUAUACUCUUCAGCGAAAACAGUUUGGCCGUCCUCUAGCUGCUAAUCAACUCAUGCAGAAGAAGAUGGCUGAUGCCAUGACUGAAAUCGCAUUGGCUCUCCAAGGCUGCAUCCAAGUUGGCCGUCUCAAGGAUGACGGACUAGCGACGCCUGAUAUGAUUUCGCUGCUCAAGCGGAAUUCUUGCGGCAAAGCGCUGGACAUUGCCCGCGCAUGCCGUGAUAUGCUGGGCGGUAACGGCAUUUCCGACGAGUACCACAUUAUUCGACAUGUUAUGAACUUGGAAGCCGUCAAUACCUACGAGGGCACUCACGACAUCCACGCUCUUAUUCUAGGCCGUGCCAUCACUGGUCUCCAAGCUUUUAGCGGUUCUGGUUGAUGAUAGUAUCAUCGAUAAUCCCGACGCUUAAGAAUCCCCUCGAUUGUAUAAAACGCUUUGGAACAAUAAUUACUCAUAAUCCGCACUUAUUGGGCUUUUGUAUAGAGUGUAUUGGUGCGCGCACAUCGAGAUCAGAGAAAGAGAGAAAAUACAAAAAAGAAGAUACAA